GUUCAUGUGCUUCAACAUGGUCUUGCCCUCCACAGUUUCGGUGGAUAACAUCUUCGGCAGCAUCAUGAAGUCCAAGUUCAGUAGCAAGGCCGGAGCUAAAGCGGAUGUUAUCGACAUGAGCAAGAAGCUGACAGCUGCUACAGUGGACGUGUGGGACCGCGUGAAAUCAAAGCUUCUGCCUACGCCUUUGCGUUUCCACUACAUUUUCAACAUGCGCGAUCUCAGCCGUGUGUUCCAGGGCGUGAUGGAGUGCCCGGUGAACAUCGUCACGUCUCCUACCAUCCUCGUAGGACUCUGGAAGCACGAGUGCCAGCGCGUGUUCGCGGACAAGCUGUGCCGAGAUGUGGACAAGAACCUGGUGGAGAAGACUCUGGCUGAGCAGCUUGAUGUGAAAUAUUUCGUCCACAUAGUUGCUAAUCCGAUGUCCUCCGAAUGGCUGUCCGAAUUUGAGCUACUGGCUAGUCGCUUCCCCCUGUUCAUGCCCAUCCACUUUGGCGAGCAGCUGGCUGCAGAGAACAAGAGCACAGAGUGGUUCGCCGACUUCCUGCGGGAGAUUGAGUAUGAUGAUGAGACGGGUGAGGAGAAAGGUGCCCCGAAGAUCUACGAGCCCGCAGAGUGGGAAGCUGUCAAGGGUAAGGCUUACUACUACCUGGGCAAGUACAACGAGGCCUACCCAGCAAAGGCAAUGCAGCUGGUGCUCUUCGACGAAGCGAUGCAGCACUUGAUGAAGAUCAACCGCACUAUCCAGCAAAAGCGUGGCAGUGCCAUGCUUGUGGGCGUCGGCGGCAGUGGAAAGCAGAGCUUGGCCAGGCUUGCUGCCUUCACGUCGGCACACUUUGCCUUCCAGAUCACCAUCACCAAGACCUACAACGACAAUGCCCUCUUUGAAGACCUGAAAGCACUAUGCAUCCGCGCUGGAGUCAAGGGAGAGAGUGUGACCUUCAUCUUCACGGAUGCAGAGAUCAAGAGCGAGGGCUUCCUGGAGUACAUGAACUCACUGCUGGCAACAGGAGAGGUUGUCGGCCUGUUCGCCAAGGAUGAGAAGGAUGCCAUGUGCGGUGACGUGCGAAACGACUUCGUCAAGGAGAAUCCGAACAUGGAGGAAAAUCUGCUCAACAUGUACAACUACCUGAUGGACCGACUCAGGGACAACCUCCACGUCUGCCUCUGCUUCUCGCCGGUGAAUGCCAAAUUCCCGAUCCGAGCACAGAAGUUCCCGGCAGUCUUCACGGUGAACAUCAACUGGUUCAUGCCAUGGCCGGAGGCGGCGCUGGUGGCAGUGAGCAGUGCUUUCUUGAGCUCCUACAGGUUGGACUGCAGCGAGUCCGACAAAGGACGUCUCUUCGCCUUGACGGGCUCGUUCCAGGCGCUGACGCGAGACCUCUGCGACGUCUACUACACGCGCAUGCGCAAAAAUGUCUACGUCACGCCAAAGAGCUUCCUGUGCCUCAUCGACUUCUACAAGAUCCUCUAC